AUGUAUGGAAGGCCGUGUCGAACGCCUUUGUGUUGGACUGAAAUUGGGGAAAGAACAAGUUUCAAUCACAAGCUGAUUGAUGAGACGACGGAGAAGAUUAAGUUCAUACGGGAGAGUAUGAAAAAGGCACAAGAUCGCCAGAAAAAGUACGCAGAUCGCAAAAGGCGGGAAGUGGAGUUUAAAGUCGGAGAUAUGGUGUACCUGAAGGUCGCCCCGCAAAAAGGAAAGGAUCGAUUUGGUAAAGUGGGAAAGCUCGCGGUAAGGUUCAUUGGACCAUAUCCGAUUGAGCAGAGAGUUGGAGAAGUAGCCUACCGACUGGCUAUGCCAGAGAUGAUGCGGCUACAUAAAGUCUUCCAUGUUUUGCAGCUACGGAAGCAUGUUCCAGAUCCUAACAUGAUUGUGCCCGAACCUAUUGAUGAAUUGGAGCCAAACCUAACUUACCCCGAAGGACCGUUUGGUAUAGGGCAGAGGAGGACCCGAAAGUUGAAGAACCGGAGCAUUCCUCAAAUCCAAGUAUUUUGGGGAAAGCAGAACCGUAAAGUUACCACAUGGGAAGAUGAGGAUAGGAUGCGUGCCAAGUAUCCUCAGUUGUUCCCUGAAGAAGAUGAGGCAGGACCGUCAGAACCCUAUAGAAUUCGGGACGAAUUCUAUUAA